AUGGCUGCUACUCUAGUAAUGUGGUUUUGUUCAUUUUAUGUGGCGAUUUCUCUCAUUUUCUGUCUUCAUGGAGUUGAUGGAAGUUUGGAGUCAAACAUCACUCAUCCAAAGACUAUCAAGACCGAAUAUGGAGACAUCUACGAUUGCGUGGACCUAUACAAGCAACCCGCCUUUCAACAUCCUUUACUCAAGGAUCAUAAAAUCAAGGCUUUUCCUGAGCAAAUUGAAGAUUCCAACAAUUUAAGUUAUGGAUUGAAGGAGGGAUGUCCACUAGGAACAGUUCCCAUAAGGAGAAUAACAAAGGAGGAACAAUUACUAGCUGAAGACAUGUUCACACAGCAAUUUCAACCAUCUGCGACAACCUUUCAAAACAACAAGCAACAAAGUAGGUUUUCAGGAAUCGUAGCAAGACCCGUAAACCGCAAGUAUGGUGAAGCUUUAGCAUAUAUGAGCACACAUAACCCAUCAGUUGGGAAUGGACAACUAAGUGGUUCUGUCAUAUCUGCUGAAUGUGAUGUUGGUGGUUUUGAUACCGUACGAGCUGGAUGGAUGCACCUAGACGGUUGGUAUUUAACUCAUACCGAAGACAAUUUUUUAAUUGGGUAUUGGCCUCUUGCAUUAUUCAAUUGCUUAAGAGAUGGUGCUAAGGUGUUAAGUUGGGGAGGGUGGGUGUCUAGUGUGACACAAAAUUUGCCAAUGAUGGGAGACGGUCUUCUAGGGAAUAUUGGCAGCGUGUUCAGGCAAGUUUUAUCUGAUGUCAAACCAAAUUUGAUGAUUACACAAAGUAAUUGCUACAAGGCAGGAUUUAACCCCGCCAAGGGUAGUUAUUGGGGUCAGAGUUUUUGGUAUGGGGGUAAUGGUGGAGAUUUAAGGAAAUGCCCACUUUAG